GACAAGCGAAGGCCUUACUGCAAGAACGAGUGGCAGUCUACAUCUUCUACAGCGGACGGAGAGAUUAUCGAACUGCUUGUAUCAUAGCUGGAACACACAAUGACCCCUCACUCGAUUGACCGGGCCGCGAGGCCUUCCGUCUGGAGUGGCCUUGCUCUUCUCCUCUCUACAGCACACGCAAUCGUGAUGCCUGAUGGAGUGACUGGAAAAGUUCCAAGUCUGGGGUGGAACUCGUGGAAUGCCUACCACUGCGAUAUCGAUGAAAGCAAGUUUCUCUCGGCCGCCGAAGUCAUUGUGAGCUCUGGGCUUCUCGACGCAGGCUACAAUUAUGUCAAUAUUGAUGACUGCUGGUCGAUGAAAGACGGUCGUGUGGACGGCCAUAUUGCAGUCAACACAACUCGCUUCCCUGACGGCAUUGAUGGGCUGGCGAAGAAGGUCCACGACUUGGGCUUGAAGUUGGGCAUUUACAGCACUGCUGGGACUGCAACUUGUGCUGGCUACCCUGCCAGUCUUGGCUACGAGGACGUCGAUGCCGCUGAUUUUGCCGACUGGGGCGUGGACUAUCUGAAAUAUGACAAUUGCAACGUCCCUUCAGACUGGCAAGAUGAAUACGUCGCCUGCGCCCCCGACGCCGUCCAAACCGGCCCCAACGGCACCUGCUCAACCGCCCUUGAGCCAAACCUCGCCCCUCCGGGCUACGACUGGAGCACUUCCAAGUCAGCCGAGCGCUUCAACGCCAUGAGGGACGCCCUGGCGAAGCAGAGCCGCGAGAUCGUGCUCAGCCUGUGCAUCUGGGGCGUGGCCGACGUCUUCUCCUGGGGCAACGAGACAGGCAUCAGCUGGCGCAUGAGCGGCGAUAUUUCGCCCGAAUGGGGCUCCGUGACGCACAUCAUCAACAUGAAUUCGUUCAAGAUGAAUUCCGUCGGCUUCUGGGGCCACAACGACGCGGAUAUGCUCGAGGUCGGCAACGGCAACCUGACGGCUGCUGAGACGCGGACGCACUUUGCGCUGUGGGCGGCCAUGAAGUCGCCGCUGCUGAUCGGGACGGAUCUUGCUCAGUUGUCGCAGGAGAACAUUGAGUUGCUGAAGAAUAAGCAUCUGCUGGCGUUUAACCAGGACAGCGUCUACGGUCAGCCUGCCACGCCCUAUAAAUGGGGCGUCAACCCUGACUGGACCUUUAACUAUACGAACCCUGCCGAGUACUGGGCCGGUCCAUCGUCAAAGGGGCAUCUGGUGCUGAUGAUGAACACGCUGGAUCACACGGUGAGAAAGGAGGCCAAGUGGUCUGAGAUUCCGGGGCUGUCUGCGGGACGGUAUGAGGUCCGGGAUGUGUGGACGGACAAGAGCCUUGGGUGCCUCAGCUCGUACAAGACGGCUGUUGCAGCUCAUGACACCGCUGUUAUUCUGGUUGGCAAGAAGUGCCGAAACUGGUGAUGGGGUCGGAAGAGGAUGGAUAUCGACUGGACCUCUGGUUGAAUGCUUGUCAUCGUCUGCAUCCUGACGGGAGCCGGAAGGACUGUGGCUGCUGUCUGCUUCAGAUCCAGAUGGAAGCACCCUUAUCCAGACUAUCCAGAAAUCACAAGCCAAUUGCAGGAUUCCAGUCUUCUCAGUUACUAGGAGGUGAAUAAGUAAGGUAGAGAUGGCUGACUUGUCCUGCU